GUUCAGGGUCUGGAAGCCUGUGAGAAGACCAAGGAUUAGAGCUCAUCCUCACAUGACCCUGGCAGGAGUUGAGAGACAGAAGGUGGCAGCUUCAGCAACAGGAUGUCCACAGUACACGAGAACACAGAAUCUAUAUUCCGGCUCUUCAGAAUAUUUAAAUUGGACAUUUCAGAUGCAAUAAAAGAUUUAUUUCCUUUUCUAGAGAUUUUCCGUGACUACAAUGUCAUCAGCAACAGGCAGUAUGACGAUUUUCAAGAAUCCUGUGGAAACCUGAUCCCUUUACGAAAAGUGGUCUACAGAGUCUUGGAAGAACUGGAAAAGAAACAUGACCUGAAGGCUCUAGAUUUAUUGUUCUGUAAGCAAAAUAUGGAGGCAUACCCUGAUUUGGAACGCAUUUUUGAAAGAUUUAAAAAUGUCUUACCACAGAACGAAUUGUGGUCCGAAGAAAUCGAUAGAAGGUAUCCGAACUCACAGCUCAGUGUUGAACAAGGACCUGGUGACAGCUGCUGUCAAGAAAGCCUGACCUGGUCACCCUCAGGUCCCUCCUCAUCUGAUGGCUGGAGAAGUAAUGAUGGAGGAAAUACCACCCUCACCCAGGGAACACAAACUGAGAAUCAUCAAUUCUCCAUCCCUCAGAUUCACAAGGGAGCAGAGAUACCCAGACAUGGAAUCAAAAUUUACCAUUGUUCUGUGAAUCCGGUAAAUAUAAAGCAAGAAAAUUCUUCAGUUUUCUUGAGCAGUGAACAUCAGACCCACACAAGGACCGACCACAAUCAGGCCUCUGAGGUAAUAGACCUUACCGGAGAUAAUUCUGAUGAUGAAAACAGCUGCUCAGAGGAAUCCACCUCAGUCACCUGCCAGUCAAGCUCAGGUUUCCCUGCUGGCCAGUGGCUCUGCUUACAAAAUGCCCUCGCUCCAUUUCCUGGAUCCCGCUGCGGGCCAAGAUCCCUCUCACCACUCAGAAGGGUCUUCAGGACCAGGAUCAGGCUCCCCAUUCACCAGGGACCUUGCCAACAAAAGGCCAACCCCUCUGCAGGCCAGCCACCAAAACAGAGAAACUCCCGCUGCCCUCUGCCCCGAGCUCCGGACCCAGCGCCCAAACAGGAGCCUGUAAAUUCCAGAAAUCCUCCUACAUCCAUAAACACACAUAGGAGAAGAGAUACGUCUGAUACUAAGAGCUCAAACACCAGGAAAAGACAAAGAAGGACAAGACAUACCACGUAUGCUGAGAACAACUCUACCUCGGGAAAGCAUGGUCAAAAAAAAAUAAGGAAAAAGAGAAACAACAUUGGAAAAUAUGUAAUUCGGAACAUCAAAAUGCCAGUGCCCACAAUCUGGAAAAAAGCUUACACAGGGAGACAUAUCAACAGUUCUUCACAAAGACGCAGAAAACAAGGACUGACAGAUCCUAGACAAAGCAAUGUGGAUUUUAACCGUCCUGAGCUUCCGGUGACCUGUGGUACUGCUGAGGGGACUCUGUAUGUGGAGAAAUUUAAGAAAGGCACCUAUGAGAAGAGUAUACGGAGUGACAAUGAAAAGUGGCUCACGCCCAGGGAGUUUGAAAUCAGAGGAAAACUUGAAAAAUCCAAGAACUGGAAGAAAAGCAUACGUUGUUAUGAAUGGACCCUGAAAGAAUUGAUAGAGAAAGAAUUGCUACCGAACCCACAAAAGAAAAAGAACAAGUAUGUACCAGACCCACCAAAGAAAAAGAGAAAGCUGGAAAAUUCACAACAGUGUACAGUGUGCAGCCAAGGAUGGAACUUGUACCCUUGUGAUAGAUGUGGGAAAUUCUAUCAUGAAAAUUGCCACAUCCCACCUGUGGAAGACAAGAGUGGCCCAUGGAGCUGUGUCUUCUGCAAGAUAAAGGAUCAGGCAAAGUUCCAAGAAAAUCAAGCAUUUCAUAAGGAAUCUGAGGUCCUGAAGAGGAAGAUGUUGCCUGAGGAGCAGCUGAAAUGUGAGCUGCUUCUCUUGACUGUCUAUCAGGAACCAAAAUGUUGCUUUUUUAUCCACAAACCAAAGCAAAGAAAAGAAGACUUUCCAGACCUCAAAGAACACAUGUGGUUAAACAAAGUCAAGAAAAGGCUGAACAAGAAGGCAUAUCAUUCGGAUCAGAGGUUCAGCAAUCUUGGAGACACAAUAAGAAAAGUAUUUGAGAAGAAUUACAAAAUAUUAUUUUCAAUCAAGAAAACAAGAAAACAACUUCAACCAUUGACUAGGUGGAGAUCACAACAAAACAGACCGGGAGUCAACACACCGUCCUUGGGAACAGCUAGAAGAUGAACCAUGUCUAACAUAAACUAAAAUUGUUCAUCUUGUAAUGUAAAAUGGGAACGAGAAGUCAGAAGUUCAACCCUGGGAGCUCAGUCAUGGAGAGAAAACUCAAAUAGGAGCUGUGGCCGACUGCUGGACUUCCACAGACAGUUUCUGCUGACUGCCGUGAGCAUCCAAUUUGAUGAUGUUGUCUCUCUGUUGUUGUUUAUUCUUCAACCUGGAAGCCUCACCAAUGAUAACUCUGCUCUGCCCUGGACUCCACUGGGAACUCCAGACCCCACCCACACCACCUCUACGCGAUGUCCCCAGUCAGUUCCUCCCGCAUAUUUCAAGUACAUAAUGAGCAAUGAUCUGUUGUUUUUCUCUUUACUUUUUUACUUUGGUUUGUUACAUACUUAAUAAACUCAU